CGCAGAACGGUCCUGCCUCAAAAAGACAGUUGCCUUAACCCAUGCAUCAUGGGAAACAAUCCCCAGUAAGUUUAAAACAACCAUUAUUGUUAACAACACAGCAAGCUGACAAAACAAUUGUUUGUUGACGUAUUAUUUUCAAUUAUGCUCUUCCGUCAUGUUCACAACCAGGUUCAAUAAUUUGUCAAUAUCUGGGGAUACGAGGUCUGAACAGAUCAAAACCACGGCCAAAGUCUACGCAGAUGUUCUGGCUAACAAGCCAAAAUCCUACUACGACUAUGACACCUACGACCCACCAACAGAAGACAGCUCGGAGUACUCACUGAUUCGCAAGCUGGGUCACGGCAAGUACAGCACGGUGUUCGAGGCCCACCACGACUCCCGCAACGAAAAGGUGAUACUGAAAAUACUCAAGCCGGUGAGGAAGAAGAAGGUGAAGCGUGAGAUUAAGGUGCUGGAGUGUCUGAAAGAUGGCAUGAACGUUGUGAAGCUGCUGGCGGUGGUGGACAUUCCGAACUCCCAGUUGCCGGCCCUCGUUUUCGAGAAGCUGCCCAACAAUGCGGAUUUCAAGAACAUCUAUUUAACAUUGAGCGAACCGGAUACUCGUUUUUAUGUGUACGAACUCUUGAAGGCUCUGGACUUUUGUCACAGCAAGGGUAUCAUGCACAGAGACGUGAAGCCGCACAAUAUUAUUGUGGACCAAGAUAAUCGCAGAAUAAGACUGAUUGAUUGGGGAUUGGCUGAAUUUUACCAUCCGCAACAAGAAUACAACGUGAGAGUUGCGUCCAGAUAUUUCAAGGGACCUGAACUACUUGUAGACUACGGAUAUUAUGAUUAUUCGUUGGACUUGUGGUCUCUAGGUUGUAUGUUCGCCUCCAUGAUCUUCAGAAGGGAACCGUUCUUCCACGGUAAUGAUAAUUAUGAUCAGCUGGUGCGCAUUGUGAAGGUUUUGGGUACGUAUGACUUCCAAACCUAUCUUCACAAAUACAAUAUCAUGCUAGACAAUAAAUUACAAGCGAUGAUCGGCUCAUAUCCUCGUAAACCAUGGCAAAGAUUUAUCACGACUGAAAAUGAAUAUUUGGUCAAUGAUCAAGCUUUGCACUUCUUAGAAAGUUUACUGAAAUAUGAUCAUGCUGAAAGAUUAACAGCAAAGGAAGCAUUGAAUCAUAGAUAUUUCCAGCAGUUUAAACGCAGGAAUACUGCCAGGUCUGUUGGUAGCUUCGCCGAGAUUGAUAAUUAAAUCAACGGGGGUUUAUUUUGACUACCAUAUUUGAUAUUACUGUUUUUAUGUUAAAUCGAAAAUUUCGUUUUGUAAGUUUUUUAUAGUUAAAUUGAGUUUGGAAUCAGAACAAUCUUUUAUUUUUGUUUUAUAAAUAAAAUGUUAUUUGUC